GGCCGGAGCGCGCCGGAAUCCCGGGGCCAGCUUCCGGCGGCUGCGAGUGGGAGCAGCGUGGCGGGGCUUGCAGGUUUAUCUGCUUCUGAAUUUCUGCUUUGCAGACAGCAAUGGCAGCCCGAGUUCUUGUUAUUGGCAGUGGAGGAAGGGAGCACACUCUGGCCUGGAAACUUGCACAGUCGCAUCAUGUCAGUCAAGUGUUAGUUGCCCCUGGAAAUGCAGGCACUGCUUGUUCCGGGAAGAUCUCAAACGCUGCUGUCUCCAUCAAUGAUCACUCUGCCCUUGCUCAGUUCUGCAAAGAUGAAAAGAUUGAAUUGGUGGUUGUUGGACCAGAGGCCCCUCUGGCUGCAGGGAUUGUUGAGGACCUGACCUCUGCAGGAGUACGAUGCUUUGGCCCCACAGCACAGGCAGCUCAGUUAGAGUCCAGUAAAAAGUUUGCCAAAGAGUUUAUGGACCGACAUGGAAUCCCAACCGCACAGUGGCGAGCAUUCACCAAGCCUGAAGAUGCCUGCAGCUUCAUUAUGAGUGCCAACUUUCCUGCUUUGGUUGUGAAGGCCAGUGGCCUCGCAGCUGGGAAAGGGGUGAUUGUUGCAAAGGACAAAGCGGAAGCCUGCAGAGCUGUACAGGAGAUCAUGCAAGAGAAGUCUUUCGGAGCCUCUGGGGAAACGGUUGUUGUAGAAGAGUCUCUGGAAGGGGAAGAAGUGUCUUGUCUCUGCUUCACUGACGGGAAGAUGGUGGCCCCAAUGCCCCCAGCACAAGACCAUAAACGACUACUGGAUGGAGAUGAGGGCCCCAACACAGGGGGAAUGGGAGCCUACUGCCCGGCACCUCAGGUUUCUAAAGACCUGUUACUGAAAAUUAAAAACACUAUUCUUCAGAGAACAGUAGAUGGCAUGCGGCAGGAGGGUGCGCCUUACAUAGGAGUUCUCUACGCUGGUAUAAUGUUAACCAAAGACGGCCCAAAAGUUUUGGAGUUUAAUUGUCGUUUUGGUGAUCCAGAAUGCCAAGUAAUCCUCCCUCUUCUUAAGAGUGAUCUCUAUGAAGUGUUUCGGUCCACCCUAGAUGGCCUGCUGAGUGAGUCUCUGCCUGUUUGGCUAGAAAACCACAUUGCCCUGACUGUUGUCAUGGCGAGUAAAGGGUACCCCGGAGCCUACACCAAGGGUGUGGAGAUCACAGGGUUUGCUGAGGCCCAAGCUUUAGGACUACAGGUCUUCCAUGCAGGCACUGCUCUUAAAGAUGGCAAAGUGGUGACCAGUGGGGGCAGAGUUCUCACAGUGACAGCCGUCCAGGAAAAUCUUGUGUCAGCCCUUGACAAAGCCAGGAAGGGACUCACUGCUAUAAAGUUUGAGGGAGCAGUCUACAGAAAGGACAUCGGCUCCCGCGCUGUGGCCUUCCUCCAGCAGCCCAGGGGCCUGACUUACAAGGAAUCUGGGGUAGACAUUGCAGCCGGAAAUAUGCUGGUUAAGAAAAUUCAGCCUUUAGCAAAAGCCACCUCUAGACCAGGCUGCAGUGUUGACCUUGGAGGCUUUGCUGGUCUUUUCGAUUUGAAAGCAGCUGGUUUCAAGGAUCCUCUUCUGGCCUCUGGCACAGAUGGUGUUGGGACUAAACUGAAGAUCGCCCAGCUCUGCAAUAAGCAUGGUACCAUUGGUCAAGACUUGGUCGCGAUGUGUGUAAAUGACAUCCUAGCACAAGGAGCAGAGCCCCUGUUCUUCCUAGAUUACUUUUCCUGUGGAAAACUUGACAUCAGUACAACUGAAGCUGUUGUUGCUGGGAUUGCUGAAGCCUGCAGACAAGCCGGGUGUGCUCUCCUGGGUGGGGAGACCGCGGAGAUGCCAGACAUGUACCCACCUGGCGAGUAUGACCUUGCUGGCUUUGCUGUUGGUGCGAUGGAGAGAGACCAGAAGCUGCCUCGGCUAGAAAGCAUCACUGAAGGGGAUGCUGUAGUUGGUGUAGCUUCAUCUGGUCUUCACAGCAACGGCUUUAGCCUCGUGAGGAAAAUUGUGGAGAGAACCUCGCUCCAGUACUCCUCUCCAGCACCUGUUGGUUGUGGUGAUCAGAGUUUAGGGGACUUACUUCUGACUCCAACCAGGAUCUACAGCCAUUCACUGCUGCCUGUCAUACGCUCUGGGCGUGUCAAAGCUUUGGCUCACAUUACUGGAGGCGGGCUGCUGGAGAACAUCCCCAGAGUCCUUCCCCAGGAGCUCGGAGUAGAUAUGGAUGCCUGCACCUGGAGAGUCCCCAAGGUCUUCUCAUGGCUACAGCAGGAAGGACAGCUCUCUGAAGAAGAAAUGGCCAGGACAUUCAACUGUGGAAUUGGAGCCGCCCUGGUGGUGUCAAGGGACCAGACAGAGCAGAUUCUGCAGGACAUUCGGCAGCACCAGGAAGAGGCCUGGGUGAUAGGUAGUGUCGUUGCGUGUCCUGAAGGUUCUCCUCGUGUCAGAGUCAAGAAUCUGAUUGAAACCAUGCAAAUAAAUGGGUCAAUGGUGGCAAAUGGCUUCCUGAAAAGUAACUUCCCUGCCCAGCAAAAGAAGGCAAGAGUGGCUGUCUUAAUAUCUGGAACAGGAUCGAACCUCCAAGCGCUCAUAGACAGCACUCAGGGUCCAGGGAGCUGCUCACAUAUUGCUGUUGUCAUCUCCAACAAGGCUGCUGUCGCUGGCUUAGACAAAGCAGAAAGAGCUGGAAUUCCCACCAGGGUAAUCAAUCACAAAUUAUAUAAAAAUCGUGCUGAUUUUGACAAUGCAGUUGACCACGUCCUGGAAGAGUACUCUGUAGACAUAGUCUGUCUUGCAGGAUUCAUGAGAAUUCUCUCUGGUCCUUUUGUCAGAAAAUGGGAUGGGAAAAUGCUCAACGUCCACCCAUCCUUGCUCCCUUCUUUUAAGGGUUCAGAUGCUCAUGAGCAAGUCCUGAAAGCUGGGGUCACAGUUACCGGGUGUACCGUACACUUUGUGACUGAAGAUGUAGAUGCUGGACAAAUCAUCCUCCAAGAAGCUGUCCCCGUGAAGAGGGGGGACACUGUUGCAACUUUGUCAGAGAGAGUCAAAGUUGCAGAGCACAAGAUCUUUCCCACAGCCCUCCAGCUGGUGGCCAGUGGGGCUGUGCAGCUUGGAGAAGACGGCAAGGUCCACUGGGCCAGAGACAGUGACGCCUGACUAGGGAGUGGACCCAGUGCUGAGAGGACUGUGGCUGUUUGCUUGGUGCCUUUUCAUCUGGCCGGGAAAGACGUCAGUGCUUACCCAUUGCCAUCUGUAAUAGACACAUUGACUAGAGCAAAGCUUAUUUACAAAUGUUAAGACACCCAGGAGUGGGAUGCUACAAGGCACAUCCAUAUGAACCCAGAGGACUUUGCAUGCUUACUGCCUACAAGGCUUCACAUUCUCAGAGGUAUGUGAACACCUGUGGCCACACCCAUCCCAAAGGCAGCCAGCCAUCUUGAAGUGCUGAACAUAACAAGAGCCCAGCCUGCACAGCUGUAUUCCUCACCUAAGGUACCUGGAGUCUGUGAUGGAAUCCUCCCUACACUUUAAAUUCACACUGACAGUAAAAGGUCCUCAACAGCAGAAAAUCCUUCAACUGUAACCUUAGAAAAAGAGGAUGAGGAAGCCAGGGCACGGUGGUGCAGGCCUGUAAUCCUAGCACUCAAGAGGCAGAGGCAAGCAGAUCUGUGUGAUCCAACCUGGUUCAAGGACAGCCAGGCCUACACAGAGAAACCCUGUCUCAAAAAAGGGGGUGGGAGGGUGGGAGGUGGAGGGAAAUGUCUCAGCUACAAGAAAACAAGAGACCUGCUGUGCUAACAGUCCCUGAUCACUGCCUCUGAUGCAGCCAGGGCACCCCAGGCAUGUGCCAGUCACCAUCAUCGCCCCUUUUCUUUUCCCUCAGAUGGUUCUAAGUGUCAUUAAAACAGUGACUAGGUCUGGAGACUUCUCAUCACAGUUAAUGCUCCUGUCUUGUGCAGUGUUAAGGGACAGAUGGGAGACAAGGAAAUGCUUUGGGUUAGUGAAAGCACAUACUUAGAAACCAGUACAGGAAGUCAGUGUGAACCUCUAACCUGAGAAAUUUAAAGGUUCAGUUUGACCCUCUGUACUGCAAGGUUAAUAUGUGAAUAGAUUACCAUUCUAGCUCUACUUCAUGCUCUGAAGGGCCAGUGUCCAUGUAGUUGAUCCCAUGUCUCAGAAAAGAAUCCAUGUGUCUCCAUGUCUGCUUGCCUGCAACCAAAACAGACCUUAGAAUAGCAGGGACCAACCAAGCAAGGUGGUACAUGCCUGUAAUUCCAGCACUGGGGAGGCAGAGGCAGGCGGAUCGUUGUUCCAGGAUAUCCUGGUCUGCAGAGCAAGUUCCAGGACAGCCAAAGCUACACAGAGAAACCCUGUCUCAGAAAACAAACAAACAAAAAAUCAACUCCUUUAUCAAGUAGUUCUAAAGAGGAAUUGGGAUGACACCCAGACAUGAAAUACACUAAUGGGCAUUCUCCAGCCCGUACGAUUAAAAACAAUGAUGACAAUGUGGCGCUCAGUGCUGCACACUCCAAUUAGUCUGGUUUACAAGGGAGAUGUGGAGUUUGGUAACUAGAGCACCCACACUUACUGACAGAUCUGUGUGAAUUUGAGUUAGGCCAGCUAACCCUGCCUCAAAAAUAAAUUCAAGUCACUGUUAACUACUUUC